UUUUGAGAGAACGUGAGGGGGGAACGUGAGGGGGGGUCAGAGCUAAUCUUGACGCUGCUGGAGGGGAGGACCUAUCUAAUUUUUCCUUUGGUGAAGCUCAUUUUAGGACCCCCCCUUCCUGAUAAUUAUUGCACAGUCCCUUAGUUCUUCCCUGUCGAAGUAAAUUUGUCGAUAGUCUCUUCCAAGUAUUUAAGAAAGCUCUCUGGAGAAUUAUGUUGACGGUAUAAGACUCCACAGAUUAAGUUUUUCUUCUUAACAAAAGAAAUUUCUAUCCACAAUGCCUGAAAAGAUUCGGUGGAAGUUUUUUCUAAAACUGAAUAACUAAGUGUUUCAUCGACAAAGAGGCCUACACCACCACAUGCUAGAGGUGUUGGAACGUGUUCAAAAACGUAACCGGGUAUGUUUGAAAGGCCUGUAUUCUCAUUAGAAUUGGUGAUUUUAGUUUCCGUGACACCUAUUAUAUUGAAGUGAAUACCUAAUUCUUGUAAAUAAUGAGUCACUAGAUUUUCGUGGUUACGAUUAAGGCUCCUAAUAUUAUUGUGAAAAAUUGAGAGAUAGAUUUAGUUUGAUCCUGUGUAAGAUAAUGAGUAAACUGCUUAAGACUGUGUGGAGAAAAGUAUCGGCUUCUAACACAUUGGCUCAAUAAAGCAUCGUUAUCAGUUUUUGGAGUGGUAUUCCGUGAAAUAUCCAACGAGUUGCUCGAUGUUUCUUAGUAUAUACUUGCAGAGUGACAUGAUCAUUUAGGCGACUAUGUACAGAAAAAGAAAAAUUAAGUCCAAUUGGGAUACUUCACUGCACACCACGAAAAAGCAUAACAUAGCUACUUAAUCCCUUACCACUCAUCAUGCCAGUUCUACGUAUAUGUCGAUCCCGCUUCCUUAUCUACGAUCGCUCCAAGAAAAGAAACUAAUAUGAUGUUUUUAAAACUUCCAUAUGCUCACGUGUGAUAUUGGAGCACGUGCUAUUCUGAUAUGUCUUCCUAGUUCCUGUUGCAAUAUUAUAGGCGACUUUGGAUACGUUAAGAGACAACUAUCUAGUAAUACAUAUUUGUCUGGUUUGUUAUCACAUUAUUAUCGUCUUCGACUUAACUUCGGUGUUUUAACACUUGUAAAGGGCACUGAAAUGCGUCAUUUCAGUGAUUACUUCUUUCUUUGGGUUUGGUAGCCUGCAUCAGUAACGGGCACUUUAUGCGCCAAGCGAGGCGAACGCGGCAUUUUGCUCGAAGCACAACACGCGCGGGGAUCGCGAAAAAACUGACUUUAUUGAUUACCAAAAUCAAACUACAAAAGCCUUCUGUCUAGUUCCAAUACGUUUGGUGUACUCAGUUAUCUAAUACGCGUAGGUGGAGAGGGACGAAGAGAUAUCAUUCGCCUUGAUAAGCUGGCGUCUCGUCAGUGCAAUAGUCGAGUGCAUAUUUAAUUAAUAGCACAAGCGGUACACGUUAGCAUGGAAAUACCACUGAAGAUAGCGAGAACAAGUGCUUUUUCACCCCCGGCAGUGAUAAUAUAAUUCAGCAAUAAAAAUGCACAGUUGCCCACAACGUUUUUCAUUUUUAUACACCAUAAGUAAAGUCAGUUAAUGGGGUUCUAGAUAAUAUGAGUGUCAUUUAUUCGCCCCCAAAACUUGACCUGGCAGAUUAGGAUUUGCGUACGUGCAUGAUAACAUAAUACUGAUUUCCUAACGCGUUCUAGUGCUUAUUUCUUAGAGUUUCCGAGUCGCAAGUAACAGACCGUAUAAAUUGCAGGAUGUCAAUACAGCAGAGCAAAGCGACGGCCAUUACCAUCGCAAUUCACGAGCACUCUCCGGCAAGAGACCUUUUAACUUGUAUUCAAUCGCACUACAACUGUUAGGGUACGAAGCACUCAAGCACUCAUUUAUAUGCGCUAAUCGCUUGACAGAAAUUGGUCCACUCUGACAAUGUCGCAACCUGCAAACUCCUCUUCUCAUCAGGACGAAGCUGGAAACAGUAACUGCUCCUUUGAGUUUUCAAAGGAGAUAUUGAUUUUUAUAAACGUCCUUGCUCUUCUGGUGGCCCUGGUAGGAAACAGUUUCCUUGUCGCCGCUUUAACGAAGAUAAAGGAACCACUUAUGCUCCUUAUCGCCAACAUGGCUGCCUCCGAUCUUUUGACAGCGAUCUUUUUACUUCCCCGCUUUAUUACAUUUGCAGUUAGAGAAUCUCCUGCUUGGCCGGUACAGGGAUUAGGAGGAACACUUUUAUGUAAGAUGUGUACGUUCUUAAGCGACACAUCGAUUUCAGUGUCAAGCCAGAGCCUGGUGAUGAUUGCAGUCGAACGUUUUCUUGCGUUCUUGCACCCGUUUGAGGCUCUCCUCAUCACGGUAAGAACACGCCGCCUUUUAAUCGCAUCCACUUGGAUUGUUGCCAUGGCUAUCCACGCGCCAUAUUUCAUCGCCUUUGAUCUCGUAAAAAGCCAAAAUGUUACCAAAUGUCGAAACAAAUGGGAAAUUAACAACAAUUCAGCCUUUCUCAAGUACAACAUAUUUUUAUAUUUAACAGUUGUGCUAGUACCUCUUGUUGUGAUGUCUAUUCUUUACCCGAUCAUUGUGUGUAACCUGUGGAAAGACAAAAUGGCCUCGCAUCGAAGCUCAAAGGGCGUAAAAUGUAGACGUCAAUGUAACAAGAAUUUAUUUAAACUAGCUGCAGCGACUAUAUUGACAUUUAUAGUAUGCUGGCAGCCUUUUGCAGUGAUGACUUUUCUCAAGUUCUUCGGCGCAAAUCCUAAAUGCAGCCAGGUAUUUGAUUUAAUAUUUCAAAUAUCUCGUUGGCUGGCCAGCUCAUAUUGUGCGGUGAAUCCAAUAAUUUGUUUUGUAUUUUUGAGAAAUUUUCAAGCUGAGCUACGUAUUCUUUGUGGACUGCGGAGAAAU